AUGAAGAUUGAGGCACUUGCAAUGGCCGUCGCCUUCGUGGCCGGCACCAUGGCCUCGCCCGAGAACAUGGACGCCACCUCGGUCAAUGCCCAACGCUACACCGCUCAGCAGCUCAGCGGUAUGUCGGACCAGGAGAGCCAGACUCUGUGCAAGUUGAAGGCCCACAUCUGCUGCAAGUUCAAGCGCAACCUCGAGUCCGUCGAGGACUUCAUGCAGGUCGAAGGCACCGAGCAGGUCGAGGACGCCGAGGCCGCCGCGACUCUCUGCAAGAUUUGCCUCCUCAAGGGUCUUAUCAACUGCGGUACGCCCCGCCCCCCUCGGCCUCGCCCUUGCGGCGAAGACGACGACGGGCCCGAGUGCCGGCCCCGUCCCCGGCCCUGCCGAGCUGGCGACAAGCGGCCCGAAUGCCGGCCGCGUCCCCGGCCUUGCGGCGAAGACGACGACCGGCCCGAGUGCCGGCCCCGUCCCCGGCCCUGCCGAGCUGGCGACAAGCGGCCCGAAUGCCGGCCCCGUCCCCGGCCUUGCGGCGAAGACGACGACCGGCCCGAGUGCCGGCCCCGUCCCCGGCCCUGUCGACAUGGUGACAAGCGCCCCGAGUGCCGGCCCACUCCCCGGCCCUGCCGACAUGGUGAUAAGCGCCCCGAGUGCUCCAACGGCCCCGGCCCCUACCCCGGUUAG